UCGUCGUCCUCUUUUUCUGUAAACACUAUUACUGAAUGAAGUGGAAUGGCUGAGGUGCCGCCAGGGCCUAACGCGUUGUCUUCAUCCCCGACCGAAAUUAUUUCCUUUCCCGGGGGUGGGUGUACAUUAUUAGGGAACAAUGAGGAUCGAGGAGACUUCAUAGUUACCGGGACAGGACAGCAACAAGCAAAUGACGGAAAAGGUAUUAUAAAAACAAACCAGAAAAAUCUGCACCCUAACUCCUCUGCCUCACAGUUGCACUCUACCCAGACACAGCAGGUUAAUGGCAUAAUCAGCUGCCCGGAGGCCGUUCAAAACCACGUCCAGCACCCGACCCACAAGGCGUCUGACAGCCGUAAUGCUGUCCUGGAACACACUGAUAGCACGGGGGAAAUCCACACGGAGCUCGCGGGCAACCGCAACUUGUCAAAAGACAGUUCUUGUUCGCAUCAGAACCACUCGCUCUCGAAGAACAACGGAGUCAUCUAUACGGCGACCAUGGCGAUAACAGAGAGUGAAAGAAUGUCUAAAAAAAGCGAGAAAAACAGAACUGAAGCUCUUCCUAGUGAUCCCGUCGACCAUGUGUCGACAACAUGGAUCGAGGACAACGAAGGCCCUGGGACGCAGGGGGCUAGAGUUGAGGAAUCGGCAGCUGUCAGCACCGCUGAUGUUACCUCUCAAGCCCCAGUUGAAGAGAUGGCUAACCUUUCGCUAGAAAGAGAAACGGAAGAUAGUUCUAUAAAAUACGUGAGAUACGAAUCGGAGCUACAAAUGCCAGAUAUAAUAAGGCUUAUUACUAAGGACUUGUCAGAGCCCUAUUCAAUAUAUACAUAUAGGUACUUCAUUCACAACUGGCCGCAGCUCUGCUUUCUGGCAAUGGUGGACAAUGACUGUGUGGGUGCCAUUGUAUGCAAGCUGGAUAUGCACAAAAAGAUGUUUCGUCGUGGUUACAUUGCCAUGCUCGCUGUGGACUCCAAAUUUCGCAGAAAAGGAAUUGGUACUAAUCUAGUGAAAAAGGCCAUAUAUGCUAUGGUUGAUGGGGAUUGUGAUGAGGUGGUGCUGGAGACAGAGAUCACUAACAAAUCAGCCCUGAAACUGUAUGAGAACUUGGGCUUUGUCAGGGACAAGCGACUCUUCAGAUACUAUUUAAACGGAGUGGACGCUCUUCGGCUCAAACUGUGGCUCCGUUAAAGCUAACCAGCUAGCUAGCCUCUUAGUUCUCACCUUAUUCCUCUGUCCACUACUGCUCCAGCCCAUCAACGGCCCAGUGGACGAGCCUCCUCUCACUGACAGAAAUGACUCAAUGCCAGGAGAGCCAAAAACAGGAUCUGGUUCCGAAUACGAAAUUAAAUGACACAAGUUUUGUAAGUUUGAAGAGAGAGAGGAGAAGGUUACUGUAGAAGGUGGACGCGCCGAUGUGAAAACAAUCGCAGAUUUCCAAGAGGACAAAAGGAGUGAAUUGGCGUUCUGGUGAUGUCACAGGGUUCUGUUAACUUAUUCUGGCCAAUGGAAAACAAAAAGAGGGAUUGGUCAGAGUAAAGCAGAAUGGAACCGUGGUUGGUUAACCGCCAUCUGCAGUUGAUCGAGUUGAUUGAAAAAACGCGAAGCAAUGCCCCUCUGUCACUUUAUUUUUACGGACAUUCGGAGACUGAGGGAUGGAACAGAAAACAUGGUUGGGGAAAACAAAAUAAGAUAGCAAAAUACAGAAAAUGACAAAUAGAGACUAUAUGAACUGAUAUUUGUGGGGGUUUAUUUGUCUCUUUU